AUGGUCACAAACCAUCCACCCACCCUUCCAAUCCGCACUCUGCACUGCCGCUUCUGCAACCACCUCCUCCUCGCGACAACGCGCCAGCUCGCGCAUCUCCCGCGACGCAGCGGUGCCGCACAAGAUAGGGCAGUGAUUCUGCCUCUGGAGAGAGGCGAAGCUGAGGCCGAGGUUGAAGCUGAAGCCGAGACACUACAAGAGGAGGCUGAAGCCGAGGACAACGAGAGUGCCAGCGACGCCAAAGAUAGCAGCGAUGCCGACAAGAACCCAGCAAGCCAACUAGAUACGACAGCGCAGUCCUCUACGACACAGUUACAAUCUACAUCUACGCAAUCUCACACAAAACACACGACGCUUCUCCUCUCGACAACCAUCCCCGACCGGCGCCCAACCUUGAUCCGUCGCGAAGACGGCAUCGAGAAGCGCGUGCUGCUGCGGUGCGGGCGGUGUCGCGUGUUGAUGGGCUACUAUCUGGACCGGGUGCACUGGGCGUCGACGGAGCAGACGGAUUCCGAGAAGACGGGCGAGGACCGGCCGCCGGCGGUAUAUCUGCUGCCUGCGGCGGUGGUGGAGACGGAGCAGAUGGGCGGAGAGGGAGUGGGGGAGAAGGAAUGGCGGGCGUGGGCAGAGGGGUCGUGA